CGUUUAGCUAUUUAUAUAUAUAUUUUAAAUAAUAAAAACCUAUUUUUAAUUACUAAACUAUUUUAUAUAAAGCCUUUUAUAAUAAUUAAAAGUUAUAAUAAUUUUUAUUUAAUAUUAUAUAAAGUUUUUUAUUUAUCGAGGUCCGAUAUAUAUUACGUCGCGUUUAUUAAAAAAGUAAUUAAUUAUAUUUUAUAUAUUAUUAAAUCGCAGUAG